AAUUUAAUUUCGUAUUCAAGCGAUUAUAAAUUAGUGAACUAGUUCCGAUUUGGUCGGGUUUAUGCUCUUGUUGAGCCAACAAAUAAACUAGUUGUGAACUGUAUUCGAAUGUCAGAAGCAGUGUUUAACAUGAGCUGGCAGGCAAAGUCCAAGCUGAGCAGAAACCCGCGCGUUGAUAAGGCGUAAGACCGCAUUUUUUGUUGAUUUCACUUUCACGUUUGUAACGCAUCCGUCAGAUACAUUUGAACGCUCGCUCGCCGCGGAUCGUUCCUUUGAACCAGCUCACAUAUUCAUUGGGUAUUCAUUGGGCAUUCGUUGAGUAUUUACUAUGAUGCUGGCGCAGAGCAUAAGGCGCACCAUUUCGCAGCUGACGCCUCCGAUGUGCCGCCCGCUGAGCGCACGCAUCGUGGACAAGGUUAACAUCGAGGUGCAGCCGGAGCAAACCGAAGGUCAGAUUGGGGCUGGGGCUGCUGUGCUGACCUUUCCCGGGGUCUGGUUGCGCGACAAUUGCCGAUGUCCGGCGUGCUAUCACAGCAGCUCGCAGUCACGGCAAUUGGACUGGAACCACUUCGAUCCGGGCGUGCAUCCGCUGGCGCUGCAUGUGGACGCUGCCAAGGAGCAGCUACAUGUGCGCUGGAGCGAUGCGCACGAGAGCAGCUUCGAGCUGGACUGGCUGCGACGCCGCAGCUUUGAUGGGCAGAGCCAAAGCGCCUACCUAAACGACUUCUAUCGGCCACGGACAAGCCACUGGGCGGGUGCUCAAUUUGAGCAGAUAGCACAGCGCUUCAGCUUUGACCAGGUGAUGUCCGAGGAUGAGGCACUGCAGCAUUGGCUGCAGGCGCUCGCCGUCUACGGCGUGGUGCUGCUCAACGGCGCGCCGCUGGACGAGGGCGUGGUGCGUCGACUGGCGGAGCGCGUGGGCUUCAUACGACGCACCACAUACGGCGAGGAGUUCAUAGUGCAGGCCAAGCCAGGCGCCAAGAACUACGCAUACCUCUCGCUGCCGCUGCCACUGCACACAGAUCUGCCCUACUACGAGUACAAGCCCAGCGUGAACCUGCUCCACUGCGUGGUGCAGACGCAGUCGUACGGCGGGAGCAAUCUGCUUGUGGAUGCCUAUCACAUAGCGGACCGUCUGCGCCAGGAGCAGCCGGAGCACUUCGAGCGGCUCAGUCGCACGCCCGUCGACUGGAAUGACAUCGGCAGCGAGGACGGACGCGAGUUCCACAACAUUUGGCGUGCGCCCGUCAUCUGCCUGGAUGCCGCCGGCAACUACACGCGCAUUAACCACAGCGUACCGCAGCGGGAUAGCCACUUCAAUGUGCCGCUGGGCCAAGUGCUGCCCUGGUACGAGUCCUAUGCGCGAUUUGUGCAGCUGGCACGCGCCGAUGCGCACUCCUUCAAGACGCAGCCCGGGGAUGUGCUGACCUUUAACAAUUUGCGGCUGCUCCAUGGCCGCACAGGCUAUGAUGACACCGCGGACAAUUCGCGUUACAUUGUGGGUGCCUAUCUGGACUGGGAUAUCAUAUAUUCGCGGCUGCGCGUGCUCAAGAAGCGCCUGAGGAAAGCCUCCGGCACGGCAGCUGCCUAAAUGUGCUAAUAAAAAAGUAAAGAAAAAAGUCAGCGACAUAUUUUCCAAGCCAUUUGCGUUGAGCUCAUUUGAAUAGUUGCCCGGCUAUGGGCUCAGCCGCGGCACAUAUGCCUGCCACGCCCAUUAUUUUGUAUGGCCAAAUCCUGUGGCUGACUCGGCCCACAAAAAUUCCAAGUCAAAUCCGCCGUCGUCUGUCGGCAGUUAAAGCAGCUCAAGCGCGAAAAUGAAAAGUUGUAAAAAAUCAUGAUGAUCCUGGGCGCGUUGUUGCGGAUUAUUAGCGUCAGGAUGCUGACAAAUCGCUUGUGAAGAUGAUUGACAGUGGGCGGGGGAGCUUGGCUUGGGCCGGGUCGGUGCGAGUCGUGGCGGGGUGGGGUUAGGCGCAGUUUCUGCAAAUUGGCCGCCGCGACAGCCACAUCCGCACCGCAUUCGGUAAAUAUGCAAAUUUCGCGUCGCUUCUAAAGUGUCAAAUGUUGUCAACUUGUGACGGCACUCAAGGAUGUGUACCUGCCAUAGCACUCAAAAGGCGCCCAACCGCCCACAAUGCUCACCUGGUUGCCUGCUCGCAUGCCUGCUCAUAGUA